AUGGCGAAAGCCCUUAACGACGCCAUUUCAAAGAGCCUACUUGGUAGAUACUUCAAGUUAGAUGAAAGGAAGACCUGUUUCACUCGAGAAUUACGCGCUGCUACUGCAACUUUCCUCACCAUGGCCUAUAUCAUCACCGUCAAUGCUACCAUCCUCGCCGACUCCGGUGGUACCUGCUCUGUUCGCGACUGCUCCGAGCCGGCCAACCCAGAUUGCAUUUUGAAGCCUAAUGCCGGUUACGAGAGUUGCCUUGCAAAAACCAAGAGUGAUCUCAUUGUGGGUACUGUUUUAUCAGCCAUGAUCGGGUCAUUUGCCAUGGGGAUUUUAGCCAACCUGCCUUUGGGACUGGCUCCGGGUAUGGGUCCCAACGCUUACUUAGCCUACAACUUAGUGGGUUUUCAUGGGUCUGGACCCAUGUCCUUCAAAACCGCCAUGGCUGUAGUCUUGGUUCAGGGCUGUGCUUUUCUUGCAAUAGCUGCUUUUGGGCUCCGCGCAAAGUUAGCUAGACUUAUUCCCCAACCUGUAAGACUCGCUUGCGCCGCCGGCAUAGGUUUGUUCAUUGCAUUUGUUGGCCUGCAAAUUCACCAGGGACUUGGUCUUAUCGGGCCAGACCCAUCGACAUUGUUGACUGUCACGGCUUGCGCUGAGACCAACCCGGUCACUGGCGAGUGCCUGAGCGGCAAAAUGAGAAGCCCAACAUUCUGGCUGGGCUUAGUGGGUUUUCUGAUCACAUGUUUUGGGCUCAUGAAGGAGAUCAAGGGUAGCAUGAUAUACGGCAUUGUGUUUGUCACUUUAAUUUCAUGGAUUAGAGGCACACCAGUCACAUAUUUUCCCAACACACCAGUGGGUGACACUAACUACAAGUAUUUCAAAAAGGUGGUGGAUUUCCACAAGAUUGGAUCCACAGCAGGAGCCAUCAGCUUUACCCAUUUCAACACAGGUGAAGUCUGGAUUGCUUUAGCCACACUUUUAUAUGUAGAUGUGCUUGCAACCACAGGAACGCUUUACACCAUGGCAGAGAUUGGAGGGUUCGUGGAUGAUCAAGGUAGCUUCGAAGGAGAGUACUUGGCUUACAUGGUAGAUGCUGGGUCCACAAUAGUGGGGUCAGCAUUGGGAGUUUCUCCAAUAGCAACUUUUGUGGAAUCAUCUGCUGGGAUCAGAGAAGGUGGGAGAACAGGAUUAACGGCUGUGAUUAUUGGUUUAUACUUCUUCAUAUCUCUGUUCUUGACACCUCUGUUUAGCAGUGUACCUCCAUGGGCGAUUGGUCCUUCACUGGUGAUGGUUGGGGUGAUGAUGAUGAGAGUGGUGAAGGAUAUUAAGUGGGAAAACAUUAAAGAGGCAGUGCCUGCUUUUGUUACAAUGCUUCUUAUGCCACUUACAUACUCCAUAGCAAAUGGGAUAAUUGGUGGGAUUGGGCUUUAUAUUGCUCUGAGCUUAUAUGGAUAUGCAGUGGGGUUCAUGAAAUGGGUAAACAAGACGAGAAAAAUGGUGGCCAAAGAGCAAAAUCAAGUGUCUGCUGCCACGAGCGCUGUAGAAAUUAUAUGA